AUGAGUGAAAGCAACCUGAGAAAUUUACUCCUGUACGGACUGUUUUCCAUUAUUGGGAUUACAUUUUUGAAGAAGGCAUAUCCUCCAUUCUCCCCUUUUUUCUUUCAGUCAUCAGUUAAAGAGCUCAAGUCAUGUCUAGAAAGGUCCUUGCUGUUGGACAGCGAAGACAGAAUAAGGCGCGAUCUCUUUGAUCUCCUGCAGAAUAUAGUCCUCAUCAGGGAUCCAGAGGAUGCAAGAAAAUUUUUCCCUCGUUUCAAUCUCGAAGAUACUUCUAGCUUCAAGGAUUUGGAUGAGCACAGCAAAAGUGUUUUGAAAAGACUAUACUAUGAUUACUAUUUCCAUCGGCAAGAAGUUCUUUGGCGUCAAAAUGCUUUGAAGACUCUGCCUGUCCUCUUAAACUCAUCAGAUAUGCUGGCUUGUGGGGAAGAUCUAGGCCUUAUUCCUUCUUGUGUUCAUCCAGUCAUGCAAGAACUGGGUUUAAUAGGGUUACGCAUCCAACGUAUGCCAAGUGAACCUGGUUUGGAGUUUGGUAUUCCUUCUCAGUACAGCUACAUGACG